AUGGACGUCACGUCUCAGUCUUCCAUCGCCCAGGCGGCAAUUGCCGGCUUCUGUUUUCUGAUACAUAUCAGCCGCGGCCUGUUUCCCAAAGGGCCCCAAUGGAUCCGUCCCUUCGCUAAAGAGGAGGCCAUCCUGCCUGAGGUUCGUACGAGAUCGUGGACUUUUUGGACUUUUUGUCUGUUGGCUUUGUCCACGAUCGGCCUGGCUUUCGCUAUCCUGACCGCUGUAUCACCGCCCUUUAACACCGCCCGGAUCUGGGAGCUGGCACCGUGGGUCGUAGCCUUACUUAUCACGGUCGCCAGCCGUCCCAGGAAAACACCAAGAACCCUAUUAAUUCUGUUCACCGCUACUGCUGUAUGCGGUAUAAUAUCGUUGGUUUCAUUCUACAAUGAGACGGAGCGAGUGAACAUUGUCCAUGUCGCCGCUGUCGGCGUGGUGCUCGCCGCUGUAUUUCUUAUCCUGUCGAUGCCCAUGCGAGAUCCAGAUAUGGACGCAGCGGGUAUCGCAAGUCCUAAUAGCCCUCCUACUUCUCAACUUCGCAGUCCCGAGGAUAACUUGAACCUGUGGCAGUUCAUGACUGUCUCAUGGCUGUCUCCGCUAAUCUCCCGAGGAUAUGACAAUAAAUUGGAGGACGAAGACGUCUGGUUACUGCCAUAUGACUUUCAGCACGAAAGAUUGCAUCUAUUAUUUCGAGAUCUAAAGGGUUCCAUAGUAAAACGUUUGGUUAAGGCAAACGGAUUGGAUUUGGUCAUCAUCACAUUUUUGGGACUUGUAGAGACUGUGGCUAACCUUUCAAACCCGGUUCUUCUCCAGCGCUUAUUGCAGUCUAUCCAGAAAGACCCCGCCCAAAAGGAUAAGUCUUUCUUGUACGCUUUUGCUAUCUUGGCAGUGCGUCUCGCCGCAUGUCAGUCAGGCGUCUUCCUCCUUUGGUACAGUCGGCGCGCGUAUGAGCGGUCGCGGGGAGAGCUGCUUACAGCCGUUUACGCUAAAACUCUGGCACGAAAAUCAGUUGGACUGCGCACAGACCUGGGCGAGGCUCCUCAAAACGAUGGUAUUGAGAAUGGCGUUGACCACAGCGAUGAGCCGGAAGGGGAGACGCCGUUACUUGGUACAAGGCCCCAAAAAACGACGCGAUUGGCUCGCCUUCUCGAGUUCCUAAGACUUCGCAGAGCCAAGGAUCAAAGCAAAGACAAUGCCAAGCCGGAUCAGCCUGCGACCAUGGGCAAAAUCCUCAAUUUGAUGAGGAAUGACGUAUACGAGGUGGCCCAGCGAUUUUGGGAAUUCCCGUCCAUAGUUACCAAGCCGCUGCAGCUGAUUUUCUCACUGGUUUUGAUCUGGCAACUGCUAGGAUGGCCUUGUCUUCUUGGCUUGGCCUGGGUAGUAGCUCUUCAACUUCUGAACGCAGCUUGUGUCCGUUCACUGAUCAAGGUGGAGAAGAUUCGAAGAGUCGCGACCGAUGUUAGACUUCAAGCAACUACACAAUUCGUUGAAGCUAUCCGACCUCUCCGAUGGUACGAUUGGCAGUCUAAGUGGCUAGGAAGUGUUAUGCAAGCACGGGCAAAGGAACUGCAAUUGAGAAUCAUCACUAGCUUGUGGACCAUUGGAGUGGGUGCUUCUAACCUUGCUGCCAGUGCCCUCUUCCCAGUGUUCACCUUCUUUGCGGUAACCUAUAUCGCGGGACGUCCUCUACCAGUCGACGUGGCCUUCCCUGCUCUUCAACUCUUCACAAUGCUAGAGUCUAGCUUGAAAGAACUGCCUAACCUAAUAACAGUACUUUUGAACGCGACUAUAGCAGUAGGACGUUUGGAGACCUUUAUGAACGAGCCGGAUAAGGAAGAAAGUGAUUAUAGCAACAUUAACACCGAAAUUGAGUUUCGAGAUACAUCUUUUGCGUGGCCGACAAACGGCAAACUGGUUUUGGAGGAUUUGAACUUGCGCUUCCCUACAGGCCUUACCCUUAUUUACGGCAAAGUUGGUUCCGGAAAAACUGCCUUGCUCGAUGCUAUCCUAGGGGAACUCGACCAAGUCAAGGGCGACACUACUCUACCCAAUGAAAUGGUGGGCUAUUGUGCCCAGUCCCCAUGGCUUCAAAAUAUGAGUAUUCAGGAUAAUGUCCUUUUCAAUUUCCCCAUGGAUAAAGCUAGAUACAACGAGGUAUUAGACGCAUGUGAGCUUAUGCCCGAUCUGGCUAAUUUCGCCCAUGGAGAUAAAUCCAAUAUUGGGGAGAAUGGUAUUGGCCUUUCUGGAGGUCAGAAAGCUCGUGUUGCGCUAGCAAGAGCUGUGUAUUGUCGGUCUCGAAUCCUACUGCUCGAUGACCCCCUCGCCGCACUCGACCAUCACACGGCGGAGUCAAUUGUUCGCAAAUUAUUUCGCGGGUCUCUUUUGAAAGAUCGCACCGUUGUGCUUGUCACGCAUCGGUUUGACCUAUGCCUACCCGUCGCGGACCAAGUCGUCGAGAUCACAGACGGAAAGGCUCGCAUCCUUGACCCCGAGGAGUACCCCCGAGAAGUCAACACGGCACCCCAAACUCACGACGCCACCGCCCCGAAUGAAGCUAAAGCGGCCACCGAAGAGGUAGCGAAUGCCGCGGUCCCGGACAAAUUUAUCGAGGAGGAGACUCGUGCAUCGGGCGGCGUAGUCGCUAAAGUUUAUUGGACAUACAUCAAAGCAGGUGGGAUCGCAUGGUGGCUUGCGGUUAUCGGUAUUUUCUCACUUUUUCGGUUCGCUCGCGUGUUCAACUAUUGGUACCUCAAGGCAUGGGGUGAAGCAUACGAAAGAGGUAAGCCUCGGCUCUCCGUGGGCUUGCCGGAUAUGGCAGAUCACAUAUUCGACGGGCUACCGAACCCAGAAGACGAUGUUAAGCCAUGGCUGGCAUGGUAUGCCGCCCUUGGACUGCUCAUGACCAUACUCUAUGUCCUUACCCAGUGUGGUCUUACCGUUAUUCUAUAUAGGGCAUCCAGGAACUUGUUCGGUAGAGUCGUCGACAAAGUGAGCCGUGCGACAUUCCGCUUCUACGAUGUAACUCCAGUUGGGCGUUUAAUGAACCGCCUGACUUCUGAUAUUGGCAUGUUGGAUGGCGGUGUCAUUUAUCCACUUCAAAAUUUCGCUCUUUGGUCUCUCACCUGGCUAAGUUCUUUGGUUGUCAUCGCUAUGACGACGCCUGUAUUCUUUGUUGUCGCACUCGGCAUGACAGCUUGGUUCAUUGCUAUCUUCAUGAGGUUCUUGCCAACUUCGCAGAACCUACGCCGGCUGGAGAUGGUUACACUCAGCCCGCUGAUGUCCAAUUUUGGUAUUCUCGUCGACGGUCUAGCUACCAUUCGAGCAUUCAGGGCACAGUCGGUCUUUCAGGGCCGUAACAUUGUUGCUACGGACACGUUUCAGAAAAUGGAUCAUUUUUAUUGGAGCUUACAAACGUGGCUUCAACUCCGGUACGAUCUACUUUCGGCUUUCUCUAUAUUCACCUUGACGGUACUGGCCUUGUACCAAGGUCUAUCCCCCGGCUUAACAGCUUUCGUGCUCACGAGUGCUGCCCAGCUGGUUGAGGCCACACAUGUUCUAUGCAAAACAUACGGCCAACUUCAGAUGGACUUUGUAUCUGUGGAAAGAGUCACGGAACUAUUAGACUUGGAAGAGGAGCCCAAUGGGGACGUUGAACCCCCGGCAUAUUGGCCUUCAUAUGAGGAUAGCAUCACAUUCGAUUCGGUGACGAUUAAGUACGCGCCGCAUCUUGAGCCUUCACUUGUCGAUGUUUCUUUUACAAUCCCCAGCGGAUCGACCUGCGCAGUCUUAGGUCGAACGGGGUCCGGAAAAUCUACCCUAGCUCUGGCCCUUUUGGCUACGAUGCAUCCCGAAAAGGGGCAGAUCCGCGUUGGUAAUCAGGAUAUUUCUAAAGUUGACGUACAUGUAUGGCGCCAACGAAUCAGCUUUGUGGCGCAGGACCCGGUGCUUUUCCCAGGAACGAUUCGAGAGAAUCUGGACCCGUUAGAACAACACACGGACGAUGAACGCAAGGAGGCAUUACUCCGCGUCCUAGGGCCAGAAUGGUCUCUAGACUCGAUUAUUGAUAUUGGAGGCAAAAACCUCAGUCAGGGUCAACGUCAGCUCGUUGGUAUUGGACGAGCUAUUCUUAGAAAGAGCCCUAUUAUCAUCUUGGAUGAGGCAACGGCGUCGAUCGAUAAGAAGACAGCUCUUGCAAUUCAGGAUGUCCUUCUGGCGGAAUUGAAGGACAGCACGGUGAUCACGAUUGCUCAUAGAUUAGAAGCGGUGAAAGACGCCGAUUACUUUAUUACAUUAGAUGCCGGUCGGGUAGUCGAGGCGGGACCGGCUGGCGCGUCUCGAUAA